UUGUAUCUCAUUAUUGUUUUGCUUUUUCAUAAUAUUUAAUGAGACCACCAUGGCGACGACCGCAGAUGCCUCUUUACCCACCCUGACCGAGUCUGUCGACUCUUGGAAAGGCUCCAGUUUACUCUCAGUGACACAGAUUACACCGGCAGGUCUGCAAUUGUUGUUUGAUGUCAGUCAAGGAAUGCGACAGAUUGUUCGCACACAGGGAGGCGACGAUCGGUUACAGCACCGCCUUCUCGGAACGGUCUUUUACGAAGCAUCGACGCGAACAUCGUGCAGUUUUCAAGCUGCCGUGAUGCGAUUGGGUGGCAAAUUCAUUCAUGUGGAUGGACAGGGCAAUUCGUCGGCCAACAAAAAGGGAGAAUCCCUGGAAGAUACCAUUCGAUGUUUGGAAUGUUACACCGAUGCCACCGUACUGCGACAUCCCGUCCACGGCAGUGUUGGACGAGUCAUUCAAAUGGCCACCAAGCCCGUGUUGAAUGCGGGAGAUGGAGUGGGAGAACAUCCGACGCAGGCAUUGUUGGAUGUAUUCACCAUUCGAGAUGAAUUAAAAAUUACCAACAAUGACAAACCAAAAUUGACCGUGGUACUACUGGGAGAUUUGAAACACGGUCGUACCGUUCAUUCCUUGGCGAAACUAUUGGCGCAAUCCCAAAUGACGGCACAGUUGACACUGCAGUACUGCUCCCCGCCCGGAUUGGAAAUGCCACAGACAGUACAAGACUUUGUGGCAAAAUAUGACAAUGUCACACAACAAUACGUCACCAAUCUGGCAGAGGUGGUGGCAACUGCCGACGUGCUUUACGUGACACGGAUCCAACGAGAACGAUUUGCAUCCGAUGAUGCCUAUGAACAAGUCAAGGGAUCCUAUGUGGUCAACAAUGAAAUUAUGAGUCAAGCCAAAUCCUCCAUGAUUGUCUUGCACCCGUUGCCGAGGGUCGAUGAAAUUGCCACCGAAGUAGAUGCGGAUCCUCGAGCAGCAUACUUUCGACAAAUGGAAAAUGGCAUGUUUGUUCGGAUGGCCCUCUUGGCGUUGGUCCUGGGGGUUGCCCAGAAAUAAUAAAACACAAGUGAGGGCGGUUCAUCCAUUGUUUGUUUUUUGGACGUAAACUCUACUAUCUACAUGAUUAGAAAAUGUACACUUUGGAACUUACAUUGGCUUGAAUGGAAUGAAUCAAAUUCUCCAAUGUAAAUUCUCCAAUGUUCAUUCCA